AUGGGUUUUGAGCGCAAAUAUGUCUCCAGGUUGGUACCGGCCAACCUGAAGUUGUUGUCACCUUUGCUACUCGCCGUAGCCAUUGUGAACUCGGCAACCCUCGGAUACGAUGCCUCGGUUAUGAACGGCCUCCUUAUUCUCCCUUCAUAUGCCGAAUACUUCCACUUAACCCCGGCUUUAGAGGGUCUCAAUAACGCUGCAUCAUGGAUGGGAAGCAUUCUCGGUGCAUUUCUGAUGCAGCCUAUACCAGACUACUUCGGGCGUCGAAGAGCUAUCCUGGUCGCGUCAGUAAUAACAGUCGUCGGCAUCAUUCUCCAAGCCGCAGCCCAGAACAUCGCCAUGUUCGUCAUCGCCAGAAUCAUUGUCGGUAUCGGCUCUGCUAUCAGCAACGGCUCUGCUCCGACUCUACUGGGAGAACUUCUGCCUGCUCGAAAGCGUGGCCGAAUCCUCGGUCUCUUCUUCUCAUGCUUCUACGUGGGAAGCUUGGCCUCUGCCAUUGUCAACUACGGCAGCCAAAACAUCCAAAGCACCUGGUCAUGGCGUCUACCCUCCCUUCUUCAGUUCGUGCCUAGCUUGUUGGCAGUUAUCCUGGUGCCAUUUGUUCCAGAAUCGCCUCGCUGGCUGAUUGCCAAAGGUCGUGACGACGAAGCUUUUGAGGUCCUUGUCAUCAUGCAAGGCAAGGGCGUCGAAGAUGUGCAGCAGGGCCACGAGACCUUGCAUGAGAUCAGAACUAUCAUGAGGAAGGAGGAAGAGGAAUACCCUCGAAACCCGUGGAGAGAGAUAGUGUCCACGCCCGCCAAUCGGAAACGCCUCGCCAUCCUUUGCACAUUCGGUCCCAUGAUCAACAUGUUUGGCAACUUCAUCAUCUCGUCUUACCUCACCAAGAUUUUGAGUCAGGCUGGCAUCAGAGACACAGUAAAGCAGACCCAGAUUCAGGUCAUUCUGAAUUGUUGGUCUUUUGCUGUCGCGGUCUUUGGCAGCUUCAUGCUCGACAUUUUGGGUAGAAGGAAUCAGACCUUCAUUGGCGUGGGCGGUAUGAUUGCCAUGCUCUAUACCGUAGGCGGCCUUAUCAAAACAUAUGGCGAAUCCACCAAUCAAUCCGGGAUCUAUGGAACAAUUGCAGUCAUCUUCCUAUUCCAAGGGUUUUACGCUUUUUCUAUCACGCCGAUGACUAGUUUAUACCCCACUGAGGUUUCGCAGUACAAGCUCCGAGCUACAGGAAUCGCAAUCUUCCGCAUGUUGGACUCUGGAUUCGGGCAACGCAGUCUGCUGGCCUCAUUUACUAUGGCAUACGCCAUGGCAGAUUUGGGGUGGAAGUUUUAUUUCAUUAAUGCUUCCUGGAAUGUGGUUUUCCUUAUCAUAGCAUACUUCACGUUUGUGGAGACCAAGGGACUUAAGCUUGAAGAAAUUGCGGCCAUGUUCGAAGGACCUAGUAUUCUAGAGGCGACCAUGGAAGAUUCGGCCUCACAGGACAUUGGGAUCACUGCGAAAGGGAUGCAGAAUAUUGAUACAAAGUCUUUGUAG